CCCAAUUUUUGGAAAUCCUCUCGAUUUUUUUUCAACAGCGCCUCUGUGCCGUUGAAAAACUUCGAAUGGACGUUCCCUGGGACGAGUGUGCUGCGUUGAUUCAGGGCAUGAUUUCCAAUAACAGUUCAUUAAAAGAUUUGCACCUCAAUUUUGACUAUCCGUGGGAAAAUGGAGGCUUCGAAGAGACAAGCGUCCAUAUUGUCCAGGGGGUGCUGGCUAGUGAGAGCCUGCAGUCUUGUUUUCUUGCAAGGAUUCCGCGAUAUGCGCUCACCGCUUUAGCCGAGGGUCUGGCAUCUGCAGACAUAGGUUUUCAUGCUGCUCCUGCAGAAACAUCUGUCAAAGCGGAUGUAAGUGGCCGACUCCGCUUGCCCACGGGAACAACAAGAGGGCUCCAAGAGCAAGCAGUCCGAAGAGGACCUCAGCUCAAGAAGCUUAAGCUUUUUUUUUCAGGUGACCAGGGAGGGGCAGAUUCCCUUGCAGCCAUGCUGGCAACGAACAUCACUCUUAAGGAACUGGAAAUUAUCGUUCGCAGUCCCCACAUUGACAUUACAACGAUUGUGAAAAAAGGGUUGUUGGGUAAUGUUUGCCUAGAAGAUCUUAGCUUAUCGGUAACUCACACCGACACCAGGGAUCUGCCAUCUGGAUUGAGGGAAGAGAUGCUCUCCACAUUGGAGUCCAAUAAGACACUUGAGAGAUUUACAUUCAAUUUCAAGUCUGACAAAACUAUUGAUUGUAAGUUGGGAAGAAACAGAACUGAGCGGCAGUUGGUGGAGGCUGGUGGAGGGUUGGAACGCAGGUCCUGCAGCCACAUCAGAUGUUUUUUGGCGGGUGAACCACUUGUCGGUAAGUCGACCUUGAAGGAUUCCAUUUGUCGUGGAACAUUCGAAUCCUGCAUAGACGAGGUGAGGCAAUGGGUAACUGGCGAUCAUCAGUCUGCCAAGCCUCGAACAAAGGGCAUUGAAAUGGUCCAUUUGGCCUCAAAAGGGGUCAACAUGCAGUUCUGGGACCUAGGUGGACAACCAGAGUACCACACCAUUCAUGAUCUGUUUAUGCCAACCCUAGGUGGGGACAUGGCUGUGCCACCCAUCUUCUUGCUUUUAUACAAUCCAGUGAUGGAAUGUGACCAGUUAAUCAUCGGCAGCUCAAGUGGUCACAACUCAGCAGAUGAAGCAGAGAAGAGACAACAGGAAGGGUUUUGGAAAGGACUGAGGUAUUGGCUGAGAUUCAUCGCAACAAACUGCAAAGCCAAAAGAAAGCCUUCUGUGAUUUUCAUCUGCAAUCCUCACUUGACAAAGACACAGAAGCUGUCUGACCUGAAGCCUCUGGCUGGUGAGGUGGUCGAUUGGAUGUCGAAGGAGUUUCACGAGACGUUAGAUAUUGCGAAUGAGGUAAUCGUUAUGGAUGUGAGGAGGAAUAGGGAUGCAAAAGAAGUCAAGGAAAUUGUGUUCGGCAAGGCAAAGGCACUACUUCAUAACAAAAGUAUGUUGAAAAUCAUGGAGAGAGUGCAAACGGUGAUGAUAGAAUCCAGUCGGCCGGGGAUUCCUCUUAUGACAUGGGCCAAAUUCCGUGCAAUUUGCUGGCCAUUAACAAUUGCAAGUCAGUAUCAUGAGGAGAGAAGUCGCAGAGAAGGAAAACCGGGACAGUGUCAGAGCGGGUUGGAUUACAACGUCCUCCUCAAAGUCAUGGCGAGCUAUCUCCAUGACAUUGGACAAAUUAUUUGGUUUGAGCCGAUGCCAUUUGUGGUUUUGAACCCACAGUGGUUUUGUUGCAAACUUGUUGGCGAGCUCAUCCCGACAAAAUUUCAUGCCCGUGGAGCCUUCAAUGGGAUCGCCAAUCUGGACCUCUUAGAACGAGUGUUGGUAGAGGCUAUUCCGGAGCCACGCGAGGUUGGUGUCGAGGAUGUAGUAAAUCUGAUGCUCAGAAUGGAGCUUGCUUAUAAGGAAUGCGAUGCUGAUCCCAGAAGCAGCUUGUUGAUACCGUCGUGUCUUCCUAAUCGUCAAGAUGGGGACAAGAUCAGCUGGAAAGUAGAGACGUCAAACGAGCACGAACCGAAAAGCCACUAUUUUGGGUAUCGGAUCGAAUGUAAAGACAAAAGGCGGACAAUGCUGACUGCAGGAUUCUUCCAUCGACUGCAGGUACGCUUCCAUGGGCAAUUCCAUGACAAGGGUAUUUACAACUGCAAGAAGGACCUUUGUGAGAUAUUCUCCAAUGGCUACGAGAUCUACGUGGAGUUUGGGGGAAGCCACGAUGAUUGGAUUGACGUUUUGGUGUCGUCGUCCAAAGCUCCUCCUGCGGAGUCAGCCGAAUGGGUUGAAAAGAAUAUUCUGCGAACUAUCUAUGAGCUUCGCAGCGAGCCGACAGGUCUCCCAGGUGUGGAUCUAGUGACAAAGAUUUUGCGUCCCCUCUGUGUAACAGCAUCUCUUAUUGUUCCGCGGAGGUAUCGAAGUGACGAUCAGACUGUCACAGAGGAGACGCUGAUUGAGGGAAUGGAGAGGGAGGAAUAUAGGUACAUGCAUUCCUGGCACGCCAUUUGGGACGAGAAGGGCCAGGAAAUUGUUCCACGAUCCUGUGACGAUGCUAUGGCGCUAAUCAGACCAAGAACACUGGAGUGCCACCUGUCUAUACAAAAGAAUAACCUGAACAGAGUCUGCGAGAGCUUUGGUGUACAAGAGGGCAACUCGGAGCAAAUAUGGUGUGAAGCUGGAUGCAAUAGCAGCAUUGGCGAUUGUCCUGACGGGCUAUUUGGAUGUGAACAGACUCCAAAAUAUGCUCAUGAGCUGGCUGACUUGGUGACGAGGGGUUUUCGUGAUGUGGGUAGGAAAGUCGACCGAAAUUUUCGGUCCAUCAACGAGAUGAAAGAAGUCGUGAACAUGCAGAGGGACGAGCAAAGAAAUGCAUUCGCAAGAAUCUGCAACGCCCUGUCGCGAAUUUCUGUUUUUGCCACCGAUCAGCACACUCGUCGCCUACCUCAUCGCGUUUACAUCACUCAGCGGACAUCUGGCUCUCGCCAGAAACUAAGCUUCCUGUUUGGAUUGACGUCAGUCGAGCUGCACCUCAUGUGCGAAUGCCGUGACCAGUUUCAUGUCGUAGACGGACAGAAAGGGAAGGAGUUGCAUCUUCAGGAGAAGGAAAGACGCCAUGCGUGGACGCUCUUCAAGUGGACAAUUCUCGCUAUGACUGUGCUUCUGAAAGCUGGCUGUGCAAUUUCCAUGGGGCUCUGUGAGCUUGUGCCGGACUUGGGUGGUUUGGCCAAGUGGACAAGCUUUGUGAUUGGAGCUGUGGGGGAUGCUGGUCUGGAUUUUGUGGACCUGGAAGACCUUGAGAAGAGGAUGAAUGCAAGCGGGAAGGAUAUGUUCAAGGAUGAUGACCAGGAAGAUGGCGUGACACCUCAGGACGCGAUGGACUGGUUGGAGAGAAUCCUCGAAGGUGGGGCAAGCGAGAUACGGGAAAGAUUUGAUCUUAGGAGGGUGAGGUACAGAGACACGGGCUCGGUUGCUUGGAUAUGUAGCUCCUGUCUCAAAAACAGCCAGCUGUUUGUGGAGGUAUUUUAGGUGCAUCCAUGCGACCGAACUGUGGUUAAGGUGGUGAGGGGCAAGCUUCAUCUCAACUAUACAACUUGCCUAACAAAUGUAAAACGGAAGC